AUGACAGACGCUGCUGCUGCUGAACGCUCGACAUCGCGCGGCCGUGAGACUUUUUCCACCGGCCGCGGCGGCAUCGGCAACAUCCGCCAAGCCUCCGCCUCGCGCGACGCCCGUCCCACCACGGGCCCCGACGAUUUCUCCGUGACGCGCGGGAGGGAGCCUGCGCCUGUGUAUGGUGCUGCUGCGGGUGGGGGCGGGGGUGCUCAGGUAUUCUCAACAGGCCGAGGCGGCGCAGGCAACCUCCGCUCGCCAUCCCGCACCCCGCGCGAUAUCCGCGAGGCGGCACAGGCUGAAGCGGCGGAGCAGGAGGUCAUUAGGGAGUAUGUGGCUAGUCAGGAGUUUGCUGUUAAAUCAUCAGGAAGAGGCGGAAUAGGCAACAUCAACCGAUCCCGCUCGCGCGGCCCGCACUCUGCGCUCGAUAUCGAUCUCGAUGCGGCGCCGUCGCAUUCGCAUUCGCAUUCGCAUUCGCAUUCGCCGACGAGGCCUUUGAGUGGUGCUGCACCUACUACAGGACCAGGCAAAUUCUCCACGGGAAGAGGCGGCGCGGGGAACAUUUUGAAUGAACAUGCGCAUGCACAUGCACAUGUGAGCGCGGAAGUGGCGGAUGAGGAGGAGCGGAGGAGGGCGCUUGCUAGUGUUCAUGCUAGUGCUAAUAAUGGGGGUGGGGGUGUUUAG